AUGCCGCCAGCGAAUUAGUUGCAGCUUAGCCGUCAAGCGUUCAACAUGUUUGUCUCACGUCGUUGUAGUUGCUUUGUGUUAUUUUGGAUUUGCCUGCUCAGCGUGGUGUGCGCGCAGGGCAACAAUUGGCCGCCAGCCACAGAUGGCAGAUGGGCAGGUGGGGCCAAUGGGCAGGUAGGAGCUGGCGCCGUUGCCAACGCGGGCAUGCAUCCGCCUGGUCAGCUGGGCAGCACGGAUCCGCAGUUUAGCUACGGCUAUGCGGGCGUUGACUCGCGUGGUCCCUACGGCGGAGCUGGCGGCAAUGGUGGCUACUACGUCAGCGGCGUCGACGAGCAUGGACGUCCCUAUAACUAUAACGGCGGCGCUGGAGCUGCACCCAAUUAUCACAAUAGCUACAACUACAGAUCAGGCGCUGCAGUCGCUUUGGGCUCACUCGGUUUGGCGCUAACGUUGACGCUGCUGGCAACGCGAGCUUGAGCUCCAAGCCCGACUUUAUGUUUUUUUUUUUUGUAUUUUUUAAGUGAUAUUUAUAUAAACAGCUCAUUUUAUUGCUGCAUGU